GGCAGGAUUGUUAGGUCAAAUCUGGUUAAAUCCUGCUCUAAAUCCGUUAUCAGACGGCCCCGAAGGGAAUCCGAUCUUCAUUUCCCGCAAUAUCUAUCGCGUGAAGCGCGAAGUAAGGGGGCAGCGUGUUCUCGGAUGGUGGAGUGGAAAAAUAGCUUUCGCAUGCUAUCUCACUUCCCGGUUCUCUGAAGAACAGCCGGCGAACGAAGCUGGGAAGACCUUUUUUGGAGGAUUUCAUCCCUCUUUGAGAAGAUUCUUCUCAUUUUUCAACAUGACGGAGUACUGGGUUAGUCAGGGAAAUAAAUGGUGUGAUUUCUGCAAAAUUUAUAUUUCGAACAAUCCAGUGAGCAUCAGAACCCAUGAAAUAGGUCUGCGUCACAAGGAAAAUGUUGCUCAAAGGUUGUCUACUAUGCGGAAAGAAAGUGCUGCAAAAGAAAAAAAGCAAAAGGAAGCAGCCAAAGCGCUUGAGCAAAUAGAAGAGAAAGCUAAGCGCUGCUAUCAGAAGGACAUGGCGUCUUUCCAGCAAGCUCAUAAAUCAUCUAGUAAUUCAUCAGCUCUGCAUCUUAGUGCUCCAGAUAAAUCCAUUUUUUCGGCAACAUCUGGAGAGUGGGAGCAUGAUGCUGCUUCAGGAUAUUAUUACAACUUGGCCAGUGGAUAUCAUUAUGAUCCAAACUCUUGUUUAUACUAUUCCAGCAGUUUAGGGAAGUGGGUUUCACAAGAAGUAGCAUUUCCCUCUUCUAGGCUUCCAAAAGCCGAUACAUCAUCAUCAAAAUCUUCACUUGUAGACGGAAGUACUGCUAAGCCAAAAGGAGACAAGGCACCAGGUUUGGUUGUUUCAUCAUCGCUAAAUCCCAUGAGAUCUGUUAAAGGUGCCCCCUCUUCAGUCUCUGUUAACAAGAGGAAAAGGGAGGGUGAAAAAACAAAAUCUGUUUCUAAGGAGGAAGCUGAAGCUCUGAAAGCAAGAGAAGCUGCAAGGAAAAGAGUGGAUGAAAGAGAGAAACCAAUGCUUGGUCUUUACAGAUCAUACUGAUAAUGUCGAGAGUAAGUUUAAUUGAAUAACUAUUUUUCUACGUUGUUAUUAAAAUCAUUGGGAAAGGAAGUGUAAAG